CAAGGCGAGGAGUCCGCACCUAGUGUUCCUACACGCGCCACAAACUGUGCUCUGUUAUGCCAGGGAGAUGCUGCUGGCGGUGGCGCCUCAGACUACAGGGCUGAACAGGACUCAGCCACAGGAACUAACCGGGUUGGCUACUGGUUGGACAGGUGAAGGCAUUACCGUUAUGAUAUGCAACAAAAGCGGAGAUUGCAGAAGGGACCCCAACAUUUCUGGGAGCCUGUCCUCCAUCAUAUUUUAGGCAGGAGAAGCAGACAGCAGGAAUAGUUGAACCCGACGACGGGAAAAGGCAGUCUAGAUGUAAUUCAAGAGUCGCCAGCAUGGACGGUUCUAUUACCUCAGCGGGGUCCUUAGCACAGGGGCAUGGGACCGAGGUGGCCGGGGCAACAACUACUGCCACUGUGAAAAAGGACCCCCGAGUUUCCUUCUCAAAUGCCCCUAGUAGAAAAGCAUCGUCCUCUGUGCAGAACCAACAGAAGAUGAAUUCUGUCUCAUGUUUUAAAUCUGAGGAUAUAUCCCAGAUUGUGACAGAUGAUGGGGAACCAAAUGACAAUCGGACAUACAUGCAGCGGCAAUUUAGUUCCAUGCUUCAGCCUGGAGUUAAUAAAUUUUCACUGCGUAUGUUUGGGAGCCAAAAAGCUGUUGAAAAGGAACAACAGCGCGUCAAAUCGGCCGGUAAUUGGAUUAUUCAUCCAUACAGCGAUUUCAGGUUCUACUGGGAUUUCACCAUGUUGAUGUUCAUGGUGGGCAACCUCAUCAUCAUCCCAGUGGGGAUCACCUUCUUCAAGGACGAGACCACCGCGCCCUGGAUCAUCUUCAACGUGGUCUCUGAUACCUUCUUCCUCAUGGACCUGGUCCUCAACUUCCGCACAGGCAUCGUUUUAGAGGACAACACUGAGAUCAUCCUGGACCCCAAGAAGAUCAAGAGGACGUACCUGAAGACCUGGUUUGUGGUGGACUUUAUCUCCUCCAUCCCUGUUGAUUAUAUCUUCUUGAUCGUGGAGAAGGGGAUCGACUCUGAGUUGUAUAAAACAGCCAGAGCCCUGAGGAUCGUGCGCUUUACCAAGAUCCUCAGUCUGCUGAGGCUGCUCAGGCUGUCCAGGCUAAUUCGCUAUGUCCACCAAUGGGAAGAGAUCUUCCAUAUGACCUAUGACCUGGCCAGUGCAGUGAUGCGUAUCUUCAACCUGAUUGGUAUGAUGUUGCUGCUGUGUCACUGGGAUGGCUGUUUGCAGUUCCUGGUUCCCAUGCUGCAGGAUUUCCCCCAGGACUGCUGGGUCUCCCUUAACAAGAUGGUGAAUGACUCGUGGAGCGAGCUGUACUCCUUUGCCCUGUUCAAAGCCAUGAGUCACAUGCUGUGUAUCGGUUAUGGGCGCCAAGCCCCAGAGAGCAUGUCUGAUAUCUGGUUGACCAUGCUCAGUAUGAUCGUGGGAGCCACCUGCUACGCCAUGUUCAUCGGCCACGCCACCGCCCUUAUCCAGUCCCUGGACUCAUCCCGGCGCCAGUACCAGGAGAAGUACAAACAAGUGGAGCAGUACAUGUCUUUCCACAAACUGCCAGCUGACUUCCGACAGAAAAUCCAUGACUACUACGAGCACAGAUACCAGGGCAAGAUGUUUGAUGAGGAGAGCAUCCUGGAGGAGCUUAAUGAACCACUGCGGGAGGAAAUUGUCAACUUCAACUGCCGUAAGCUGGUGGCGUCCAUGCCCCUGUUUGCCAACACCGACCCCAACUUUGUGACGGCUAUGUUGACUAAGCUCCGCUUUGAGGUCUUCCAGCCUGGAGAUUACAUCAUCAGGGAGGGCACCAUCGGCAAGAAGAUGUACUUCACCCAACAUGGUGUGACCAGUGUCCUGACCAAAGGAACCAUGGGCAUGAAGCUCUCAGAUGGAUCCUAUUUUGGAGAGAUCUGUCUGUUGACCCGAGGUAGACGGACGGCCAGUGUGCGAGCGGACACGUACUGCCGUCUCUACUCCCUGUCUGUGGAUAACUUUAAUGAGGUGCUGGAGGAGUAUCCCAUGAUGAGACGAGCCUUCGAGACUGUGGCCAUCGACCGACUGGACCGGAUAGGGAAGAAGAACUCGAUCCUAAUGCACAAGGUUCAGCAUGACCUCAAUUCGGGCGUCUUCAAUAACCGGGAGAACGAGAUGAUCCAGGAGAUUGUGAAAUAUGACCGUGAGAUGGUGCAGCAGGUGGACCUGCAUAGGCCACGUGCUAUGUCCAUGUGCAACCCACCCACACAUGGCGGCAUCUUCACCCCCUCUGGCCCUCCCCAGAGCUCAGCCAUCGCCACCCUCCAGCAGGCUGUGGCCAUGAGCUUCUGUCCCCCCAUGGUAGGCCCUCUGGCAGGGGGUGGGGGCCUGCAGUCCCCCCGGAUGGUGCGGAGGUUCAAGGUGAUGCAGAGUGUAUCCAGCCCAGUGCCAGCCUCCCCUCCCCCCCAGACCCAGCAGACCAUGCAUCCCCAGCUAUACGCCAGUGGUGCAUUCGUCGCGGCCCUCUCCAGCCCCCCCAUCCAGAGCCCCUUAGCGGCUGGGGGACGGACAUUCCAGUACGGGCCCUCUUUUGGCUCCCAGAUCUCCCUGGUUCAGCAAGUUGUGCCCAGCCCCACACACAGGCCCAAAACCCAUAACAGCACCCGGUCUCUGCACAUGGGCAGUCUGGGUCAGAAUGCCAGGGCACUGUCUGCCUCUCAGCCCUCCCUGCCCCAGGGAGGAGGGGCUCAGCCCGUGGCUCCCUGCCCAUCACAGUCCGCCCGUGUCUCCUCCACCUCCAUCGGGCCCCCUCAGGCCCCCUCGGGCAAUGCAGGGGUCAGGAGCGCUAUGACUCAUAGGAUGGUGCUUCCCCACCAGAUGUCUGCGGGGGCGUUCCCUCUAGCCUCCCUCCCGGGGACUGUUACAUCGCUGGGGAUGGGCAUGGGAGUGGGCACGGGGGCAGGCUUGGCACCAGCCCUGCUGGACUCAGGAUUACCCAAGAGUGAUUUUGUAGCCAGCCUCCCUGAGACAGACCGUGCUAGAUCGAGGCUCUCUUCCAAUUUGUGACCUUUAUUAGAUUCCUGCAGAGCCCGUGCUUUUUGGUUGUGGGAACUCUAGUCGUUUCUUCCUUCUACCCUAUAAUUCUCCCUGUCAGGCGGGGCUAAAUCUGACUUAAAUAAUGUAUGCUGUGUGACUGGUGAUGACAGGGAGAGAGAGACGAGAGCUGAUGGAAAAUGUAUGACUAACAAUAUGAAGUCUGUAUACAGAGUUAUUGUCAAAGGUGUGAUGUUUCUACUCCAUCCACAGACAGAUACUGACCAUACGUAAUGGUAGCACCUUGUUCCCACAUCUCUUCUCCUUUAUUUUCUGUGUUUACUGUAACCGUAUUCAACAUACAUAACAUCUGUCACCCAAUAUCUAUAUACUCCCAACAAUACAAACUGGCCGGGACAAGAAGAAAAUCUGGGACCUGCUUCAGAUGACAACGAUGACAUCCACACUUUGCAGAAGUGUUCUGAGAUUUCCUCUUUUGCCUGUGGACCGGCUUUAACACAUGUUCUACUCAUGCCACCGUAAUAUUGUUUCAGAAAACAAGAACAUGCUAAAAAAACACACCACAUCUUAAAUGAAUGAAUUCAAAGGCUUUCAAGGGAAUUGUUUUACAUUCGUAUUUUUAAUCAAGACUUGUACAAACACAAUAUGGCCUGGGAUUAGUAAUAUAUCACUGAAGAAAAUAAAACUAUGAUUGUAACAUUUGAAGCCAUGCCCUUCGUCCAUAAGUGUGUGUAUGGGUAUAAGUAUGACUGAGUUUCUUCAUAGGGAAUUCAUAUAACAUAUAACUCAUCCCCGCUCUCUCAAAUGAUCUUUGCAGAAGAUGGUGGAGGUAUGUUUGAUUUUUUUGCUAUGGAAUCAACCACAUCAUACAUGACAUUCCAUUCUGACUUUGCCUUUUCAAAACACUACAGCUUGGGAUUAAGUGAUACAGUUUCAAUGAGGUCAUCCGUCCCCAUAGGAUGAUGCAUAUGCAUGUUGAUAUGGGUUAUGAGUCACAUGAAUAUCAACAUACUGUAAAUCAACAUACUGUAUUUCAAUAAACCCUGAUGGAAUUUCAUAUCAGGUUAUUUGCAUAGUUAUGUUUAGAAUAGGCAGUUCAUACUGUUGCUUUCUUUGAAAUAUAUCCAAGAUAAUAGUCUGGCUGAAGUUCUGAAUGCACUUUGCAGCGUAAUUGACGAUGCUAAUAUCCAGACAGAGCAUGUCCAGACAGAGACUGAUGCCUCGAGGUUAGACUGCAUAAAUAAUCCCAUUUAAUGAAUACAUUAAACAUUUAAUUGAUAUUUUUCAUCUCAUCUGUAUUGUCCAUCCAUUAUAAGACUUUUUUUAGAUUAAUAGAAAUUCUAAACAAAUCUAUUUUUUCCCCACUUUCAAACCAAAGUCAUACAGUAAUAUAACAUCUCAUUAAGGUAGACUGGGUGUUCAAUGUGCAUAAUGCUCCCAGCUAAAUGCUCCCAGCUAAAUGCUCCCAUUCUAUUCUAAUCUGUAGCAAGGGCAGUGCAGACAUUUUGGAGGGUGAUGUGUUUCCUACCCCAAGUGUUCCCACUAAAUGUGUUUAUCAGCCUGAGCGGCCUCCGCUGAUUAGUGUCCAAAAGCAUUAGAGGAAGAGGCUUCCCAAGCCCCAAUAUCCAAUGUAUCUGCAUCUCAAUCACCUGCCCUUCCCCCGCCAUUACUAUGUAAUGAGAGAGAAGAUUGGACCCCCCCAGGCCCCAUUUAGUUUUGACUGUUAUUACUUUCCUUCAAUUGUGUUUCGUCAUGAGUUUUACUGUAUCAUUCACCUUGAGGGUGGUGAAAGACAGUAGUACAAGGUUGUGGGUUUGGAAAGAAUCCGUUGCUGGAAAUUAUGCCCAGUGAAACUUCUUUGGAAACUUGCAUGUGCUUUAAGGGGAAGUACAGUGCCUUCAGAAAGUACUCAUACCCCUUGACUUAUUCAACAUUUUGUUGUGUU